AAGUCCAAGUGUAUUUGAUCAUAAUUCCGAUAAACGAUGAAUGCAUUCCAAAUGGAUGUGUAAAAUACAUAUUAAGCAUCGAUACAAAUAUCAUCGUUUUCCGCGGAAAUUCCAUCAUGUGUCAAUAAACUCGAAACAGUUUAACUACAGUUACGCCAACAACAACAAUACGAAGUAAGAAAACAAAAAAUCAUGAUCUGCGGAAUUCCGCAUGUAAUUUCGCAAUUGAAUCGAUUUCCCAACGUGAGUGAUUCGAGGCAUGGAUCGCAUAUGAUUUAGAAUUCAGGCGAAAAAAUAGAGACACAUAUAGUGUGCGAGCCCAGAGACCUAAUCCGAUCACGAGUGACACAUCGAAAAGUGGAAAGAAAUCGAACAUGAUUGCGAAUCAAAGCAAUUAUCCGGACAAAAAUCACAAGAGUGUUGCGAUGAUUAAGUCGUCGUUGCAUUGGAAAAAUGUUCGUGCAAAUCACCUGCAUGCAAAAUCAACAUCAUUGGAACAACCUCUACAAAACUAUCCACUUGUAUCGAUACAUGAGAGUGAAUAUGAAUCACGUGAACAUCCGAAUAGUGGUACAUCAUCGACACAAGUGCAGCAAUCGAAUGUUCAAUACAAAUAUUCUCGAAUACCAACGACAACGAACACGACGGUUUGCAAUUUUAAUCAAAUUUCCAAAGCACCGACAAAUUUAUGGAAUGGCAUAUACGAGAAGCACUUGUUGAACCAGACAAAGUUCGAACGUUUCGACGAUGACAAAUGGGCAAACAAAUGUACAUCAAAUGGUGUGAUGCGAAAAAAUAGGGAGACGACCGGUGGCGUCAGUAAUAUUCAACUAUCGAAAACCAAUUUCAAUAAUAAUUCGUGUCAAAACGAGCUCCGGCCAAUAUCAACGGUUCGCAAUAACUUCGAACAAAAUCCACAGUUUGCAUUAAUGCGUCGACAUAUUGAUCCUCAAUUGACAUUUUCUGAAUCAUGUAUGAUAAAAAAGAGUGCAAAAAUUCGAAUGACAAAUCGUCCACCAAAUUUAUCGGCCGAACAACAACAACAGCAACAACCGCCCACCAAUUUUCAUAAGCAAAUCAAUAUUUUUGAACUUAAUGGUUGUGCAGCAUCGACAGCGGGAGGCGGAAAAAUAUUACCAAAGGAAAUGAAGGCAAACAAAAAUGCAUCAAAUGAUUUGCACCUUGUUCCCUCAACAACACCAAUACCAAAUGUGUACAUGCAAAGCGGUGGCGGCGGCACGAGAGAGCAAAGACAUCGGCUUUAUGCAUAUUCGAGUGAAACACAAAUUCCGAGUGAAAUGGGUUUUAUGUAUGUGCAGCCGGGCGUAAUUGAAAAGAAUCUUUUUUGCCCGGUGCCAUUACACUACAAUGGUCACAACAAACAAAUAAAGAAUGAAAUCAACGACGCCGAUUGUCAGAUGUACAAAAACGCUGGUGUUUUGAAUCAAGCGUAUAAUAGAAUUAGUGGCAAUAUUUGUUUGGAACGUGGCCAACGUGGACAACGAGGACAACCGGUUGGUGGAAAUCACCUCGAAGAUUCAUCAGUGCCAGCAUUUGGCAAUGUUGCUACACCAGCGUCGACAAAAACGGCAUCACUUUCGGUGGUAUCUGCUGUGAACGCCAAAGUCUCGUGUAAUACAUUUGAGAAUGCCAUAACAAGUUCGGGUAUUGGUGUUCCUCAUGCUGUUGCUGUUGUUACUUCUGGUGGUGAAUCAACUCUGGCCACAAAUUGUGAAUACACAAGUAACAGUAAAAUUAAUAUUAUGCUUGAAACGGCACAGGCGAUGGCAGCAGCUGCUUAUUUUGCAAGAGCUGCUCAACGAAUGGCCAACAAUAAUGCGCCAGUUAGAUCGCGAGUUCCAGACAUACCAAAUGCGGAGCGUGGCGGAUUUUGUGGAGCACUCCAGCGAAUUCAACCUUCAAUGCCAGCUGUUCUGGCGAGACGGCUGGCAAAUAAAGAGAACUAUGGACUGGGAAAGGUUAAAGUUAUGCUUCGCAUAUCGGAGUCAGCUUUGACGGAAGAUUCGCAAAAGCCUCAUUACUUGUCUAUUGACAAGAAGAAGCGACAAAUUACAUUAACCGAUCCAACAACAUCGGCACCAAGUUCGCAAGCAUCACAAGAACGAGGCCCCAAAGUUGCCGCACCGAAAAUCUUCGCAUUCGAUAAUUUGUUUACCGACGAAGAUGCUCAAAGUGAUGUCACAUCAUCGGCUCUAUCCGAAGUCAUACCCGCUGUGCUUGAAGGCAACGACGGUUGCUUGCUCACGCUUGGCUAUGCCGAAUCAGGUCAAUCGAAAACAAUGUUUGGAUCACUGGCAUCGGCAAAGGAACUGGGUGCAAUACCAUGUGCGAUAUCAUGGUUGUACAAAGGAAUUAAUGAACGUCGACAAAAAACUGGCGCACGAUUCUCAGUUCGGGUAAGCGCAUUGGGUGUAAGUGCAUCGAAGCCGGGCUCAUCAUCAAAAGAUCUUCUCAGUGCACAUGCAACAGAUUCGGAUGAUUCGCCGAGCGUGUAUUUGCGUGACGAUUUUUUAGGUGGUCCAACUGAAUUGAGAGCACCAACAGCCGAACGAGCUGCAUUAUUUUUAGAUUCAGCACUAGCAUCACGUCUUCCGGGCAAUUCGGAAGCGGCAAUCAUUUUUACGUUGCACGUAUAUCAGUAUAGUUUAGCCGGAAAAGGUGGUGUUGCUGGCGGUCGAAGUCGUUUGCAUCUUAUUAAUUUGGGCGGUUGUGCUAAUCGCUCCGGUGGAUUUCCUUUGUCCGGCAUUGGUACCACUUUGUUUGCCAUUCUUGGUGGUCAAAAGCAUACACCAAACCAAAAUCAUCCGCUGACACCUCUACUCAAAGACUGUUUAGCUCCAAUUACUUGUCACGUUACGAUUUUGGCACAUAUCAUAUGUUCACAGACACAUGCAGAUGUUCUCACUACAGUACAAGUUGCAUCACGAAUACAUAGAAUGCGACGACGAAAACAUCGAUUGCCUUUGUCAACGCAAAAAGCAUUAGGCUUUGAUAUUACAGGAAACUUUUCAAGUUCGGAUGGUCCAGAUCCUUCGAGCUCCGACCUAUCGGCCGAUACGGUAAUUUAUUUGGGGCCAAGCGAUGAUGCCACCGACGGUGAACAUCCACCAGUUUACAUCCCAUCUAUGAACUCUGGCGAUAACCGAUGUUCAAUGAACAAAGCGUUAAAGGGAUCGAGUGCUGAAAAACCCAGUAAACUACCGCUGAAAAAAACCACAAAACCACAAAGUCCGGUACCGAACCAACGAACUGAUAGCCUUAAGCGUAGAUUAGCAACAAAUUCAAGUCCGAUAUCAUGCGAAAAACCAACCAGCGAUCAAAUGCCAUCGUAUCAAUACAAUCCAUCGAUACCAUCGCAAUCUCAAUCCGUUUCAUUGCCAAAUUCACCAAAAAUCAUCGCGUCACAGGUAAGACAUACACCAGCGCACAUAUCAUCACCGAAGGGUUCACCGUUACGACGACCGAGCAACAGUAAUCACGGAAGUCCAAAGCGGCAAGUGGGGGUCGAAGAGCAAUGGAUCGAUGGUCCGAGAUUGUCUAAAUUUAAAGUGGCCGAAGCACGACACUUGAUGCGCGAAAUAAAUCACGUUAAAAAGUGUGAAACAUGGAUUGAUGGUCCGAAAAUGUCGCCCAGCAAAUCGAUAGCCGUAGGUGGUGCAGUGCCAGCGUCAUGUUCGGCACAACAAACAUACGGAUAUAUGGACACACACAAAAAAAUCAUGAUUCGACAAUGGGUGGAGAAUCAAACAAAUCAAGUGUUUAACGCAAGCAAUUCAAGUCCAAAGAUAAACGCUCACUCGCGAAUAUUGCCAAUGCCGGUCAAUGCCAAAUGUACAUCAGACGAUGAAGAAAUUUGUAUAGAAACAACAUUGAAUGAAAUUACCGAAAGUUUAUGCGGCGGCAGCAGCAGAGGACCCAAUCGUACGAUGGAUAUUUCGAUUCGAAUGAGCGGGACCAAAUCAGCUCAAGAAGUUGAAACCGAACACUUUGAUGUUCGAUCCAUGCAAUCGGCCAUAUCGUCACAUCGACAACACGAUUCACAAGAAGACGAAGACCAAGAUAGCGGCCCAUCCGAAGUCCCGCCUGCGCUUCCAUUGAUUGAACCACUUAGCUCACGGGAAAUAUCACACGAUAGCAUACAUUUGAUGUGCUCACGGCAUGUCUCACGCGAAAAUUUGGGAUUAAAUAUUCAAACAAUUGACUGCGGUCUACAAGUCACAGAAGAGGAAAUUGCCAGAGAAAUGGGACGUGAUCAUCCAUUGAGCGCAUUGAGUCAUGCAAAUAUGUCAGUUAUAUCCAGUUUUCGUGCGGGCGGUUUUGGAGAUGCAUUCAGCGAUUGCGUGAUUGGUGAACAUACGAGGAACCAAUUUGAUCAAUUAGCACAGCUGCGAGAUUUGUACACGUCACAAUUGGCAAUGGCAGAAGUAACGCCAAAUUAUAAAAUAAAUCAUGCUGGAAGUGUGUAUAGCGAGCCAGCGUUUAGACUCAUGUCAGGAUCAGGCAGUGUAUGUAGUGAGCCGGUAUAUCGAGCGCCCAGCCCAAGAUGUCGUGAUUGUCGUCAAUCGAUGACACUAUCACGAACGCCCAGUCAAAGUUCAUUGCCAAGUUUAAAUGGUUUAAUGCAAAUCGGUGGACUGGAUCAAUAUGCAUCGUUACGCCACCCCGACGGUGCUUCUGAUCCGAAUAUAAGACAAAAAACCGAACAAAUCUUAACGGUCGAUAGUAAAAUAGCUGAGAUUUUAAAUGAACCAACGAUAGUCGAGUUGAUCGAUCACAAAGUGAUAAGUACGCAUUCAAUUACGCCAAUUGUAUCACAAACGCAAGUUCCACAAUUGCCUCCAUUAAGUCUAUCAACGCCCGAAGCUUAUGACAGUGGUCAUGAUUCAUCCACUCCGCGAACUUCAAAACAUUCAGGCAUAUCACGACGAGCCGAAAGCGGUUAUCAUAGUGUGGCAACGUGUUCGGCAGCAACAGCUCGUGAUGGUGACGAUUCUAGUUUUGGAUCUGGUCCUCAUGAUGGUCCACAUCUUUCACAUGCUCAAAAGAUAACGCUUAAAAAGCGAAAUCGUCAAGAGAAAUCAUUGUGCAAUUGGCUGAAAAAUCCAUUCACAUGCACACAACCGGACACCGAAGGUGAGAUCAGCGACUUCUAGUCGAAAUAUUCGCUUGAGUUAUCAUUUUUUUUCGUUUAAAAUCUAAAGAUAAAAUACAUAGUUAAGAACGUGCCGAUGGUUCGUUUAUAUGUUAAACGUUAAAUUCGUUGAAUGUCUUCUUUGUUAAAAUCAAAUCGUUGAUUUGUGUUUGCAUUGGCUUAUUUAAUAAUAGCAGUUAAACCAAUUUUUUUUUCUUUUCAAUUUUUUUUUUAUUGUUACGUCGCCUUUGAUUAUGAUUAUUAUUAUUGAAGUAAAAGAAAUCCGUUAAGAAGAUUUGAUAAAAAAAAAUUCAACGAAACACACCUGAAACGAUGAUGUCUUCGACAAAUGAUUUACUAAUUGUAUUGAGUAGCUUACUAAGACUGACAUGACUUUUUCCGCAAUGUUUUUUUGCACAUUGAAUGAUCGAUUUUUAAUGAACCCACUGUCAUCUGAUGAUUUAUUGCAGAUGACGAUUCAUUUAAAAUCGAUCCAUCGACAUCAACGAACCAAUUUUGAAGGGUAAACGAAUUAUACUACCAUCUAAAUCCAAUUGGAUUCUUUUUUAAAGUCAUACAAUGGAACUGGCUAGCCGCCAUUUAUUGGAAUUUUUUCCAUACCGCUACGUGGAUUAGCCAGUGCUAUUGUAUGAUUUAUCCAUAUAAGACAAAGAGGGAUUGUGUAUAAAUGCAACAUUUUUUCAAAAUCCUAAAAGAAUUUGGUCUCUCUUGAGACAUUAACAAAAUUAUAUUGGAAUUUUACACCUUUUUUUGUGCGUGGCGAAUUAGGUCAUUUUAUGUCAUUCUUAUGACUAGGUAAAUUAGUAAAUCUAUAGCUAUUUAUCCAGAUUCCAUGUAAAAUAUCGGUGAAAUGAAUACCUUUGAAUGAAAAUCAUGUCUUCGGAACACAAUAUGUCUUCAAAAAUUCGACGGCAUUUUAUCGCAACAACAAACUCUACAUGUAUUAUAUGAAAAUCAGUCGUAAAUAUUUUCACUUGGCAUUUAUAAUCCGAACUGUUUUUAAACCAUACAUUUUUCCAAAGCAAAGAAGGAAUGCUGGAAUAUUUCGCGAAAAUCCUUCUUCCCGAACAAACUCUUAAAAUUUUCUUUGAAAAAUUCCUGAUUUCUCAGGAGAACUUUCGUUCGGGAAAACUAUUUUCGGGAAAUGUUCCGGCAUUCACAGAGAAGCAAAGCUGCUUCAAAAUGUAUGAAGAAAUGCAAAGCUUCUCGAGAAAAAAUGCAUAAGAUACAGCGAAGCACUUCAUUAUCAUUCAAUUUUCACACAAAAAAAAAUUAAGUUCACAAAACCUUUCAGAAUUUACAGUUCUUACAGCAAAGUAUUUCGUCUUUGUUUUCAAAGAUGUUUCAUUUUCAUUAAAAAUGCUUCAAAGUAAUUCAGUUUAAGCGGCUUUUGCAUGAAAAUACGCUUCAAUGUACUCAAUGUGAAUAAAUGCGUAAAUGUCGUCCAAUUGCCACCAGCAAACUUGUGUUAAGUAAAUAAGCAAAAAAAUGACCGUCGUACUAGUGCCAAGCA